UGUCUCCUAUUUCCUCAAAGCUCGUAGAAUCUCGCGAGACGAGUGUGUAGGCGGCUGACAUCCGGGACCCUAGGUUAGCAGGCGAACCGGUGACUGAGACAACGACGGGAUAUCGGUCCAUCUCUGUCUCGUCUUGUUUCGCGGCCACGUGCCCAUUUGUUUGAGACCUGUGACUCCCCCACCCCAGCACUAACAUGGGAGAUACUGAAGAGAAGAAGGGGGAGGAGGAUAGGGUGUAUGGAGGUUGUGAAGGCCCUGAUGCCAUGUAUGUGAAACUGGUCUCUUCUGAUGGGCACGAGUUCAUCGUGAAGCGAGACCACGCCCUGACCUCUGGCACCAUCAAGGCCAUGCUGAGUGGUCCAGGCCAGUUUGCAGAAAAUGAAACGAAUGAAGUCAACUUCAGAGAGAUCCCAUCCCAUGUCCUGUCCAAGGUCUGCAUGUAUUUCACCUACAAGGUGCGCUACACCAACAGCUCCACAGAAAUCCCAGAAUUCCCCAUCGCGCCAGAGAUCGCCUUGGAGCUGCUCAUGGCCGCCAACUUCCUGGAUUGCUGAAUGUCGGUGUUUCCUGCUUGUUGGCAUCCCCUGCUCAAUAAUGGAUUAGCCCACCUCUGCCACACUUUGGCAGAGCACGGGCUAGUGUAUUCUUUAGACAGGGGUAAUAAGAUUAAUCAUGCAUCUUUUAGAGGCAUUAUUACCUGAGAUAAUUGUACAGUACUUAUUGAUUCUUUCAUUUGAAGUCAACCUAUUAACUGAAAUGUUACAGGAAGAUAGAAAUGGUCAUUUCUGAAUGAAGAUAUCAUUCCAUCAUGACCUGUUGGGGCAGUGUGUAGUUUAUAUUGUGUAUCACUUCUGUGAGCAUGAGCUGUGUUAUUUAAGGUGUGUAAAAUGGAUAUGGGUCAGAGCUCAGUGUCAAUUCUAGUAUCAAAUGUUUGUCCCACAGUUACAUAAAUUAUAGGUAUGCCACAAAAAAAAUUCAUUUCCAUAAUCAUGUACUUUUUCUCAGUCUUCUUAUUUGAGAUUUAUAUUUUGCUUUUGUCUGUUGAACUUUUUUGUAUGGGGUAAGGCCAUUUUACAUUUGAAUACAUGUACGUAGUAUGAUAUCUAGAAGCGCAAUAGAUUCCUCCCUUGGUUUUCCAAUUACCAAAGUGGUGUAAACGUGGAUGAAAUGCCACAUAAGAUUCUAAUGUGCCUGAUAUGAAUAUCAAUCUUGUACCCUCAACAUUUGUAAUGUGUGAUAUGUAUUUGUGCAUGUGUGAUCUUUUCAACAUCCAUGUAGUAAUUAGUCUGCAUAUACUAAAAUGCUUUGUCAAUAAUUUGAGUCGAGUGUUGCAGGUCAGUGGUUUUAGUCUUCAAAUACACCUUGUCAGGUUUGCCCUGUAAAAUUAGUGUUUGAAUCAAAAUACAUGUAUAAGAUACACAGGAUCUAUUUUAGUGCUGAGUGCCACAUUUGUUACACUUCCUAGUCUGAUUUCUUAAUUUAGCGAUGUGUUCUGGCAGUUGCACAAGACAAUAAAAGAUCUACUAGGAAAGUA